AUGGCUGAUCCGUGCCGGGGCUGCGCUCGCCGGUUUCACAACCCCCAGCCAAUGGCCGCCCUCCCCCCCACCGCCACCGCCCGGCCGGGGACUAAAGUCCUUCCCACGGCCAUAAAACCCCGAGCAGGGACAGCGCCGCCGGGGACGCGUCGGAGGAUGGGGACCCGCUCAGGAGACCUGGCUCAGCCCCAGAAUGGGAACUUGGCUCUGGACCCCGCGGGCUCCCCACACACCCCUGGGAAGAAGCUGUCUGCAGUGGGCAGGGACCCCAGGGCAGGCACCAGGCCCCCCCGGCCAGAGGUGGACAUGCUCUACAGGAUCGAGGACGUGCCCCCCUGGUACCUCUGCAUCCUGCUCGGAUUCCAGCACUACCUGACCUGCUUCAGCGGCACCAUCGCCGUGCCCUUCCUGCUGGCCGAGAGCCUGUGCGUGGGCAAGGACCAGCUCACUGUCAGCUACCUCAUUGGCACCAUCUUCACCUGCGUGGGCAUCACCACCCUCAUCCAGACCACCGUGGGCAUCAGGCUGCCGCUCUUCCAGGCGAGCGCGCUGGCCUUCCUUGUCCCCGCCAAGUCCAUCCUGGCCCUGGAGAAGUGGCGAUGCCCACCUGAAGAGCAGAUCUAUGGCAACUGGUCACUGCCACUCAACACGUCCCACAUCUGGCAGCCCCGCAUGCGAGAGAUCCAGGGGGCCAUCGUGGUGUCCAGCCUGGUGGAAGUGGUCAUCGGGCUGCUGGGGCUCCCCGGGGCACUGCUCAGCUACAUCGGGCCGCUGACCGUCACCCCCACCGUGUCCCUCAUUGGACUCUCUGUUUUCCAGGCAGCUGGUGACCGGGCUGGCUCCCACUGGGGCAUCUCUGUGCUGACCAUCUUCCUGAUUGUCCUGUUUGCCCAGUACCUGCGGCAGGUCGCCAUCUGCCUGCCCGGCUACCGGCGGGGCCACGGCUUUGUCCUGCUCCGCAUCCAGAUCUUCAAGAUGUUCCCGAUCAUCUUGGCCAUCCUGCUGGUGUGGCUGAUCUGCUACGUGCUGACCCGCACCGGAGUCUUCCCCAGCCAGCCCGAGGAGUACGGCUACAAGGCCAGGACAGACGCCCGCGGGGAGAUCCUGUCCGUGGCUCCCUGGUUCCGAGUCCCCUACCCCUGCCAGUGGGGGCUGCCCACGGUGACCUCAGCAGCCGUGUUGGGCAUGUUCAGUGCCACGCUGGCAGGCAUCAUCGAGUCCAUCGGGGACUACUACUCCUGUGCCCGGCUGGCAGGAGCGCCCCCGCCCCCUGUGCACGCCAUUAACAGGGGCAUUUUCACCGAGGGCAUCUCCUGCAUCAUCGCGGGGCUCUUGGGAACCGGCAAUGGCUCCACGUCCUCCAGCCCCAACAUUGGCGUCCUAGGCAUCACCAAGGUGGGGAGCAGGAGGGUGAUCCAGUACGGCGCAGGGAUCAUGCUCCUGCUGGGGACCAUCGGCAAAUUCACGGCGCUCUUCGCCUCCCUGCCCGACCCCGUGCUCGGCGGGAUGUUCUGCACCUUAUUCGGAAUGAUCACUGCCGUCGGCCUCUCCAACCUGCAAUUCGUCGACAUGAACUCCUCCCGAAACCUCUUUGUGCUGGGCUUUGCCAUGUUUUUCGGGCUGACUCUGCCAAACUACCUGGAUUCCCACCCCGGGGCCAUCAACACAGGUGUCCCCGAGCUGGACCAGAUCCUGACGGUGCUGCUGACCACGGAGAUGUUCGUCGGGGGCACAAUCGCCUUCGUCCUGGACAACACCAUCCCGGGGACGCAGGAGGAACGAGGACUGGUGCAGUGGAAGGCAGGAGCGCACUCGGAUAGCACGAGCAGCGCCAGCCUGAGGAGCUACGACUUCCCCUUCGGCAUGGGCGCGGUGCGGAGCAGCCGCUGGCUCAGGAAGGUGCCCAUCUGCCCGGUGUUCACCGGGUUCAGGGCCCGGCCGGGGGGCAGCGGCACGGCGGCCGCAGAGGGCCCGGACGGGGGCUCGGUGUGCACCAAGGUCUGAGCGAGGGGAGGCUCCCGGGAGGUGCCGCCCCAGCGCCGGAGGAGCCGAGCCGAGCUCCCGGGGGGCUCUCGGGGUUCGGUAGCGCCCACCAAGGCCUAAGCCAAGGCUGCCGGUGCUCGGCUCGAACGCGGGGCUAGGGAAAUACGACGCUGCUCUUGGGGGACACCCCGAGCUCCGGGGUACAGCCUGGGGACCGCCACCCCGUGCUCCCCCCGAAGCUUUAGCCGGCUGAGGCUCGUCCAGCGCUUGCUGAAGCCCGCCGGCCACAUCGGAGCCAGCCAGAGCCCCGGGGCCACUGACUCCCACCCGGGGCCACGGAUUUUCACGCUGUGCCCUCGCCUCCGGCACGGUGACCCAGCAGCUGGCAAGGGCUCUGCCUGGGGCAGUGUCCAGACCAGCCUUAGGAUGCCUAACUUAAGAUGAUACAUUAAAAAUGAUAAAAUAUUCAA